AUGAGUCUUCGCACGCCGGCGUUGCCGGAGGAUUUUGCCUACUUUCCUGCCUGGUACGGGCGAGUGCCUUCUUUUGUCGAGCUCGCUGAUUCUUCGCACAAGCUCUCCUGCGCCGAAGAGUGGUUUUCCUGGAGAGUCGCGAAUCUGAACUCGCUCUACCUGACAAGCAUCCACCACGCAGAUCACCAACUGGCGCGAGUGUGGUUGGAAGGUCUGGACGACGUGAUGUUCUGUCAUGCGCUGAAGCGGAUGCCCCUGGCAGAAAGACCUGGAAGCAUGCAACAACGAUUUCGCAUCAAGUAUCCCCUCAACGACGUGUGGACAUAUCGCCAGCUCCCUCCGCAUGCGUAGACAAAGGAAGAGAAGGUCGUGAAGGACCAACGCUUGUGCACCAGGUCGAACGACCCUUUUGCGCCUGAGUGAAGACACUCAGGCCCGGUUCAGACCGACACCAGCAACUGGUCUGUCGCGGUCGUUGUGCCGUCUCGUGCUCUCCCUUCUUGCUGUAUUUCGAGGCUUGAAGGCGGUCCUUCGCCUCCCUGAGGCUUCACGAGAGAGUCCCGUUUUCAAAACAGAAACACUGACAAGGACCGAGGAGGCGAGACCAAAUGACUGAAGCAGACGCCUGAGGCAGCGGCGACGGAACGGCAGGCUGUGGCGCAUAUGUCACACUGCACAUGAAACCGACUCUGUUUUGACUAACUGCGACGCCUCGCCUUCUCCUAUCAACUCAAAGUGCUUGCGACCAUACUUUCUCUUCGAUCUGUCCUUGCCUGCCCGCACGGAGCUGGGAGUCUCCUGUCUCCACCGAUUACACCCCGUCUCGCAGUUCGCUGGCACGCAUGUGUGUCUCCGCGUCUCGACGGUUGCAAGGGACACAGGCGGAAACGAGGCAACUCCGUCUAUACGGCGACGUCUGGCCGUAGCGCGUGUAUACAUUUGCAUGCACAAGCCUUUGUGUUUAUGUGGACUCGAGUGCGUGGGUGAGCAUGGGAUUUUGUGCCUGAGUCGAGGCGGACGAGUUGGGAUGCGCACGUCCCUG